CUUCAUACAUUCAGUCUCUCUGUGUCAGCGUGAACGUCGGUCCGUUAGGUCUGAAACCAUGGCAAAGGACAUGACUCUGCUGUGGUGCUCCGGCUCUGUCCCUUGUUGGAGGGUGAUGAUCGCCCUGGAGGAGAAGAACCUGCAGGGAUACAACCAAAAACUGCUCUCCUUCGACAAAAUGGAGCACAAGUCCCAAGAAGUGUUGAAUAUAAACCCCAGGGGACAGGUGCCAACUUUCAAACAUGGAGACAUUGUGGUGAAUGAAUCCUAUGCAGCCUGUUUUUACUUGGAGAACACGUUUAAGUCCCAGGGAAGCAAACUGAUCCCAGACGGCGCCGAAGCACAAGCUCUGAUGUACCAGCGCAUGUUUGAGGGUCACACGUUCUACGAUAAACUCGGUAUAGUUAUCUACUAUGAGUAUUAUUUCCCCAAAGAAGAAAGACACGACUCUGCUGUGAAGAGAAACAAAGAGGCUCUGGCCACUGAAUUGAAACUCUGGGAGGGUUACCUGCAGAAGAUGGGCUCGGGCUCUUAUCUGGCAGGACCAUCGAUCUCGCUCGCAGAUGUGCUGGUUUUUCCAGUCGUUGCCAAUGCUUUUGAAUUUGGGUUGUCUGCUGAGCGUUACCCUAAACUGGCAGAGUAUUACGCUCUGCUGAAGGACCGACCCAGCGUCAAAGCCAGCUGGCCUCCACACUGGCUGGAGAACCCCAAUGCAGAAGACACGCUGAAAGACGUCUGAUAUUCACAAUGUUGACAAAUGUAUUGAUUCGCUUUGGUGCCUCUAUCCUGCUUCUGAUAAUCAAGUCUCAGCUUAACGAUGACGCAGCUUCUAGUUUUCUGGUAUGUUCUCAAUACCUACUGUCUAUCAGAGAUUUCUGAUGACUAUAUGUGUUCUGCAAAGAUCACCAUGACUUACAGUGUCACUUGGCAAUAUAACUGCUCUAUGUCCACAUCCAUUGUGUGUGUGUGUCUUAUGUCGAUCUUGUGACUCACAAGUUACUAUAACAACAGUUAGUAGGAUGUGUUAAUUCUUCUCUGAAGUCAGUUGUUCUGCAGAAUCAUUCAUAUUAGUCUCUCUGCAUACAGGUUGACAGCCAUUGUUUUGCACAGUGAAUGAAAUCAUAAUGUUAGUAGGCCAUGAUUAAAGGAUCUUACUGAUGGCA